GACGUGGUAGCAAAGAAUUACAAAAUGGGACUGAAUUAGAUUUGGAUCUUCUGGUAUACCAAAGCGGACAAGAUCAAAUCAAGACACACAGGGAUAUUAUUCGCUGAUAUUAUUAUUUAUUGUUUAAUUACGGUGUUUUCAAAAUAACCGUGCAAUGGUUACAGUGGAUUUACUAUAGUGGAAUGACCUCUGACUUAUCCAGUGAAGAAUCACUGUGUUUUAUUUGGUACGCUUUGUAAUUUGGUUUGUCUGGGUUUGCUUCCAUGGAUAACUCGUGGUUGCGUUUAUUAUUUGCUUCAUUAGUCCUCGCUUUAGCAAUUGAACAAGGUACGACUAGAACCAUUUACAGAUCWGAGCAGCUCGAUGCAGGAGUCCAAGAAGAAAACCAAUUCACUCCAAUAGAUAAUAACGAUAUAAACUCAAGAUAUUAUAGACGAUCUGAUGUUCACGACAAUGAAAAGGAAACGGAGCUACCCCUUUAUCGUUACUCCAGYAUUCCCAGYGCACMUUCAUACGGCAACUAUGAAUCUUUGCAAGAUGAAAGUACCAGUGACAAUGGCGAAGAUACUGAARACAACUCUAGUGGAAACGAAAGUGAAGAAUCAAAUACAAAUACUUUACCUKCGUCUGAAAUGAAAAAUCAGGGAGACUCUACCCUAUCUAGAGAUAACAAUAAAAGUAACAGUGGAAAUCACUUGGAAAAUCCUAAUAAAGACAUUGAGGAUUAUGCAGCUGAGAAUUCARGUGAUUUUGAUGGUAUGGCCAGUGGUGGGGAUGUUUCUAAAGAUGGUGAAAGUGUUGGAACCUUAGGAAACAAAGGAGAGGACACGCUCAACAAAAAUAAAGAGCUUGGAAAAAUUGAGGAAGACAUUUUCAACGGCGAAGUUAAAGCUCAAACCAAACAAGACGAAGAAGAAAUCUAUCAAAGUGACACGGAGCGUAACAAGCUUCGAAAUGUGAAACUCACGACGCAUAUGUCUGAUGCGAAAAAAUUUGGAACUAAURAAGAGAAAAAUAAGACGCAGAUUUCCGACAAAAUCASUAAGAGUGAAUCAAAUGGYAMAAAUAAAGACGAAUUCAAGGGAAAUACAUACGAUCUCAGCCAGAUUAAAGGCAAGGGUAAGCAAUUUCAUCGAGCAAAAAUGCAAGAAGACGAAGGAAGUGGCAUGCAGUCAACAAUACAUCGAAAGAAUUCUUACAAGGAGCACAAMGUUGMUGACGCAGACAUAUCUGAAUCUGGAGACCAGGAAGAAGCUCCAGGAACUACUGAUAGUAAAUCAAUGAAAAAACUUGAUAAUGACAACAGCAUCAAAGAUCGAACCAAUCARGGAAGAGAAAAUCAAGCCUCGACAAUCAACAGGAAAGGAAAGCACCAUGAAGAUGAUGAUGAGGAAUACAUUGAUGAAAGUUCAGGUGAAUCUAGUGGGGAUUUUCAGCCUGUUGAUGUGAAUGCAGAUCUUGCUGAGAAUAAUCGCAUCAACACAGUCCAAAAAGCAAAAAUGGAAGAGAGCAAAGAGGUUGAAGAUGAGGGAAGCAAUGUAGACAGCACAGACAAAACGGAUAACCAAGAAAAAGACGCUACGGUAAACKUAGCUCUUUCUAAAAGCAAAGGAAUGGAUGCUCUSAAAAAAUCGACAAAAGACAAUAAUGUCAAUGAAGAUGASCACACCAAUGAAGAUAGUGAAAUCAAAGAUGAUAUGCAGAAGAUCACGGAUCAAACAAAUACACAACCCAAUGAAGUGAAUGACGGCGAAAAUAUAGAAGGGAAGGAUUCUAAAGUGARCAAGCUACCAGAAAAGCUUCAUGUGCAAGCAAACACCAAAKCAUCUGAUCAUGAAAAGGAUAAAAAACUAAAKUCUUCAGARGAAAGCACUGAAAAUGAAGAUAAAGAUCAUGCCAGUAAUCAGAGAAACAACGAAGGCAAGAACUCUGCUUUUGUAAUAAGUGCCAAAGGCCAAAGCGACGAAGAAAGAGAAAAAGGUUCUGGUCUCAUUUUGACGAAUGAAAAAGAGACAAGCGGCAGCAGAAGUAAAGCUAGUGUUGACAUAGGUUUCAAUGGCGAAACGGAUGUUGGUAAUAAUGGCAACAGUGUUAGUAAAGAACUUCCAGGAAAUAUUGGUUCAUCAGUUAGUAAAUCCCAAUCAAAAGAGUCAGAAGAAAUGGACGACACAGACAGCAUUAAUGCUACAAAUGAUAACAAUGAAAGUGUUGAUGAUGAAGAUGACAGUAGUACAGCUUCUGCACCAUACGAUGACUCCAAUGAUGACCAACAGGAAGAAGAAGAAGAAGAAGAAGAAGAUACUGAUAACAGAAGCAAUGCAGUAAAUGAAGGUCUACAGAAGAACAGUAACAAAAGUAUCAAUCCAAUUGACGGARGAGGUGAUAACAGACUUAAAACAAAUCUUUUUCAGCAUAAAAAUGGAUCAGUUKUUAUAGGAAUCGAUGACAAAAUGAAAGAAACGGGAGUGGYCGAUAAGACUUCCAAAGCUGCUCAAAACAUAACUUCAGCUCACUUAAAACCUCUUAGCCAAUCAGAACUUGGUAAGAUGGAGGAGGACAUUUUCAAUGGUGAAGUUAAAGCUCCAAACAAACAAGAUGAAGAAGAAAUCUAUCAAACUGACACAGAAARUAAAAAGCUUCGUAAGCUGAAUUUAAAACAUGACUCUGCUAAGCAGUUAGCAAACAACACUGGAAGGAAUGCUGAGAGAAAUAAAGAUAAAGUAAACAUCAGUUCUGACAAUGCAAGUAAAGAGGACAAAAACAAUGAUGGAUCCGAUGACAAAAGCAAUGCAGCAGAGACAAAUAGCGAGAAAAGUGGUAGUGAUAACAUUGAAGAUGUAGAAUUKAUUUCUGGAAGUGGACAGGGACAAAAUAAUCAACUAGAAGUCCCCAGUUCUGGAAUACCUUCCAAAGACGUCAAAGUGCAUGCGAUAAGAUACGGAGAAGACUUAAAAAACACGAAGGAAAAAGAUGGCGCCAAAAACAAUACUGAUAAAUACAGAGAUCAMGGAGCAAGAACCUCAUCGUCUAGKGAAGYUGAAAACAAAGUAAAACRGAAAMCUUUCAAUACAGACAAUGAMAACAUUAGUAAAACGGAUAAURAAGAUGCGCAAAGAGGAUCUAUCGACUCAAGUACCACAGAAAAUGAUCAAGAAAAGAAUGGRGAGRAGAUUCAAAAGAUCGAUAACUAUGAUGAGAAAGAAAACAGUGAUGAUGACAACACUGAUAUGAGCACGACCUCAGKCAGCGAGCAACAACAAGACGUGUCAUCUACGCAUCCUUCUCCUAGUACCAACAGAAUUGACGAGGAAUCCACGAGUGAUCAAGAGGGCAGUGGAAGCUAUGACAACAAUGAAAUAAAWACAAGCAGUCGUAAUGACAAUAUUGAACUUGGAAAGAUGGAGGAGGACAUUUUCAACGGUGAAGUUAAAGCUCAAAACAAACAAGAUGAAGAAGAAAUCUAUCAAAGUGACACAGAACGUAAGAAACUUCGUAACCURAAUUUAAAACAUGACUCUGCUACGCAGCUGUCAAACAACACUGGAAGGAAUGCUGAGAGAAAUAAAGAUAAAGUCAACAUCAGUUCUGACAAUGCAAGUAAAGAGGACAAAAACAAUGAUGGGUCCGAUGACAAAAGCAAUGAAACAGAGACAAAUAGCGAGCGAAGUGGUAAUGAUAAUAUUGAAGASGAAGAAUUGAUUUCUGGAAGUGGACAGGGGCAAAGUAAACAACCAGCAGCCCCUGGUGCUCCAAUAAAGACAAGCAGUCGUAAUAACAAUAUUGAAACAAAUUUCACUUCAAGAAAUCACCAAGACGUUUCCAAAUUAGAAUCCACUUCAACUUCAGAUACAACUACAAAGAACAAACAAUCCAAUAGUGAAAAUAAUGAAAAUAAUGCCCACAACGAAUCAGAAGUCAGCUCAGGUAGUGGACAUAGCCAAGAAAUUGCAAUAACAAGGAAUGGACAAUCUAAGGACGAAGAUGAUGACGAUGAUGAUGAUGACGAUGACGAUGAUAACGGGGAAACAAAUGAAGAAAUUUCAAAAACGGAUUCUAUUUCUCCUACAAGUGCAACUACAGAGGUCGCCCAAUCCAAGAGUGAAGAUGAAGACAAGGAUGAUGAUGAAAAUGAUACUACCACUGACACAGAAGAAUCCACAGGCAAUAAGCAGGAGCUAGAAAAGAAAGAAUCCACCUCUACUGUUACUUCAACUACAUACGACGCACAACACGAGAGUGARGAUGACGGAAACAGUGAUAUUGGUAGCACCAAAAUAAAAAUUAUCCCAGGCAGUGGACAUGUGCAGGAAACUGAAAAAGGAGAAUCUACUUUUAAUCCCACUUCAAAUGCCUCAAAAUCYAAUAACCGAGAUGAAGUCAAURAUGACAAUGAAGAAAAUGCUACUAAUGACAACAGUGAAACAGAAGUCUCCCAAGGUUCUCCUGCAAAUCCCACUUCAAAAGACGCACAAUCCAACAGCCAAGAUGUGGAAAAUGAAGGCAUCGAGGAAAAUGAUACUUAUGACAACAGUAAAACGGAUAGCUCCCAAGGCAGUGGUGGUCAUGACCAAGAAAGUACAAAAUCAAAAUCCAGUUCUGCUGCAAAUUCCACUUCAAAGGACGCACAAUCCAACAGCGAAGAUGUGGAAAAUGAAGGCAACGAGGAAAAUGCUACUUAUGACAACAGUGAAACAGACGUCUCUCAAGGCAGCGGUCAUGACCAAAAAACCACAAAAGCAAAAUCUAGUUCUCCUGCAAAUCCCACUUCAAAAGACACACAAUCUAACAGCGAAGAUGCGGGAAAUGAAGGCAACGAGGAAAAUGCUACUUAUGACAACAGUAUAACGGAUAGCUCCCAAGGCAGUGGUCAUGACGAAGAAAGUACAAAAGCAAAAUCUAGUUCUGCUGCAAACUCCACUUCAAAGGACGCACAAUCCAACAGCGAAGAUGUGGAAAAUGAAAGCAACGAGAAAAAUGCUAUUUAUGACAACAGUGAAACAGACGUCUCCCAAGGCAGCGGUCAUGACCAAGAAACCACUUCAAAGGACGCACAAUCCAACAGCGAAGAUGCAGAAAAUGAUGGCAGCGAGGAAAAUGCUACUUUUGACAACAGUAAAACAGAUAGCUUCCAAGGCAGUGGUCGGGACCAAGAAAGUACAAAAGCGAAAUCCAGUUCUGCUGCAAAUUCCACUUCAAAGGACGCACAAUCCAAGAGCAGAGAUGAAGAUAAGGGUUACAACAAAGAAAAYACUGAUGAAACGGAUUCCUUUCUUGGUAGUGGACAUGACGUCUCACAAGGCAGUGGUAACGACCAAGAAAUUACAAAAGCAAAAUCCAGUUCUGCUAAUUUCAAUUUAAAACAUACACAAGGCAAAAGURGAGAUGAGGAUGCCAAAGCAAAUAGYACUAAUGACARCGUUGAAACAAACUUCCCUCAAGGCAGUGGUCAUGACCAAGAAUUUGCAAAAGGAGAGAAUAAUCCUGCCGCUAAUUCAAAGGAUCAAUCCGACAGUGCGGGACAAAAAGGCAAUGAUGAAGAUGAAGAAAGUGCUACUAACGAUAACACUAAAGCAGAAGUCUUCCGAGGCAGUGGACAUCACCAAGAAGGAAAAUUCACAUCUGCUAACAAUCCCAUUUCAAAUGUUGCACAAUCCAAAAUUGGAGGCGAAGACAAUAAUGGCAGUGAAGAAAAUACCAAUAAUGACGACGUUGAAACAAAUUCAUCCCUAGGCAGCGGUCCUAAUCAAGAAAUUACGAAAGAGAAAUCUCCUUCUGCUACCAUUACUACUUCUAAUGCCGGACAACGCAAGAAUGUAGAAGAAGACAGUGAUGGCAAUGAAAGAGAUAGUGAAGAUAACAUCAACAAAACAGACGUCUCUCCAGCCAGUGGAUUUCUCCAUGAAAUUAAAAACCCUAAAUCAACGCCUCAAGAAAUUACGACUGCAAAGGACCUUCAAUCUAAAAGUGACGCUGAACACGAUGAGGAAGAUAAUGAUGAUAAUGAUGAUGAUGAUGAUGAUAAUGAUGUUGAUGAUGAUGAUGAUGAUGAUGAUGAUGAUGAUGAUGACGAAAUUGAGGGAAGUAGUAAUAACAACGCUGUGGAAACAGCACAAACUUCAAAAGUACAGUCUGCUUCAACUACGAAUAAAACAAUAGAAAAAGAUAACAUGGAUAUGGAAAAGAGUAAAAAUUCAACRAAUAAAAAAUAUGAUUCAUCAGGAAGUGGCCAAAAAGAAGAGAGCUUUAUGUCAUCAUCGAUUACUGGCGUCAAACAAAGCGGAAGCGACGCACAAAGCAAACACAUUGAAAACGUAAUUGACAUAAAUCACACAAGAGAUGAGGACAACGAGGAAGAUGAAGACACUGAAAAUAAUGAUGAGCAAAAAGCAACAAAUAGUAUGGCACCUUCCGCAAAACCAACUGAUGACCACCAACACAAUGGAAAGGAUGAAGAAGACAAUACAGAACACCAAAGCAGUGCGAAUGAUGAAAGCAAUGAACUAGCAAAAAACAACAACAGCUACACAGUAAACACAUCUACGCCUUCUUCAGGAAUCUUUAAUUCAACUUCGCAACCAAAGAGCAAUGAUUUAAAGGGUGACAAUAAUGAAAGAAGCGAUGGCAAAGAAAUCAACAAAGAACAAAUGCUGGACAAAGUGRWUAAAAGUCGUCAAGAGGGAUAUGACAAAGAAGGCGUAGUAAGUGAUAAAACAACGMAUAAACAUGGAGAAGAUGUCCUUGUACACACGAAGAAAAAGAAGGAAAGGACAAAUGACAAGGGGGGUAAUCCCCAAGAGGUUACUGGCGAAGAAGACGUUGUGAAUACUAAAGCUCAUGAAGAAAUAGGGAGCACAAUAGGUAAUGAGGAGGAAAAUGAAAAUGAUAUGAACAACAGCAAAAGAAAAGAUGAAAAGAUGAAUAACAGCAAAAAACAAAMUGGYGAAGACUCUGAAAAUAAUGAUAAUGAGGAAAGAGUUAAAGAAGAAAAGUYCAAAGCAGAAAGUGAUGGUGAAGAAACUAUAAACAAUGUCAACGAAGAAGCAAGCACUACAUCAAAGUCCUCUUCAUCUGCAACAAUUGAAAAUGAACACAAUUUUKCAGAAAGYGGAGWGAAUGACAARAAAUGGGAUUACAGCGGUGAGGAAGACGCUACAAGAAAUGAUAACCACGAAGAAAUCAAAGCAGCUGAARCUUCAACUCCUUCGUUAACUKCAAAAGACGAACAGAGAGAGGAAAAUGGUGUAAACAGUGGAGAAAGCCCUGACAAUGAAAGCGAUGAGAAGGAUGAAASAAAUGAAGAUGAAGAAAACAAUAGCCUUCAAGARGAAAGUACAGCAACAACAACCAAAACUCCUACURCUACRGCUACAGCUACUGUACAAGAUGGGCAACGCAUACAAAAAUYCAAUCAAGAAGCAAGCAAGGAUAGUCUUCCGAAGAUUCAAAAUACAGAGCUAAAACCCAAAGCAGCGGAAAUUGCCAACAUAAAAAACGAUAACGAUAGCAGUGUUAAUAUAUCAGUGGUUGCUAGUAACAAGCAUGAACUCAGCACAGCAAAUACGAUUAUUCCUACUGUAAGCACAAACAUKAAAGAUGAAGUGGUUGAUGAUGACGAUGACGAUGACGAUGAUUUGAUUGAUGAAAACCAAGAAGCAAACAAUAUUCCACCUGAUUCAACGACAAACAUGGAAAAUAACAAGGGGAAUGACGAAAGGAAUCAUAGCAGGACAGAUGGUGAUGCAAAUAGAGUAAGUGAGCGUGAAAAGACCUCAGUUAUUACCGAGCCAGUAGGAAGUACAAUUCUWACAAGUGAAAACAAAGAGAAGGAAGGUUCUCAUAAUGAURACAAUGACAACGACGACGACGACGACAAAUUUGGUCAAAUGAACACGGAAAUAACUCAAAGUACAAACAAAGAAUUAGACGAAGACGUCAAUGGAAAUCCAAUGAACAAAAACRAUGAAGAAAAUGUUAGUAACGGCUUUAGUGGCGAAUUGAACGAAAACAAAGAUGCUACAGAGCAAGUUGACGUCGUUAAAAGAAAAWAUAGCUUGAAACCCAUAAAAUCAAAACAUGASCACUCAGAGGAGACCGAGGAAAAUAGUAGUAACUAUAGUGGCGAUGUAGAAAUUAGUAGUAGUGGUAKUGGUGGUGAAUCUGGUAGUAGCAAAGCCGACGGCGAAGGGACAGAUGCGGUUGGAAGCGCCCUUGCAGCCAACGAAGGAGUAAAUCCCCUGAAUUCAAUAAAAAGCACAGGUACCCCUUCAAAACCACCAGAACUKAACAGCAAAUUCAAUUUUGAAGUGGAGAAAGAAAAUUCUAAUUCGACUAUUUCUUCUUCAAAAAGUUUGAAAGCUCAGGAAUUUAAUAAGAAAGGUAACUUAACAGGAACCACAAAACACMCCAGCCUGAAGCCAUCAGAAAAUGCAGAUCUUGGAAACAACGAGGAGGAAAUUUUCAACGGAGAGAUAAUGGCUCAAAAUAAGCAGGAUGAAGAGGAAAUACAUCAGCCAGAUAAUUUCCAUAGAAAGCUUCGYAAAUUGGGGACAAAGGAAAAUGCAACAUCCAAGCCUAAAAACAAUUAUGCAAAAAAUACGAAAAAGGAAAGCAAUAUUAAGGAGAAAAAUAACGAUUUGCAAAAUAUGAACAGGAAGAAUGUUUYCUCUAAAAAUAAACUUGGCAAGMAGCAGCACAAGAUGAAACGGAAUAAUAGUAUCAGYGCUAAGGCAUUACAGUCAGUUCAGGCMAWWRACAUUUACAAAAAAAAUAAGGCUCAAAAGGGUACAAGCAAUUCAAUCAACAAUAGUAAUACAAAAAGCAAACAGAAAAUAGAACCACCUCCUUUUGACAAAAGUUCCAAAAGGAAACCAAAAUUAAAAAGUAACACUGCUAAGACGAAGUUAUCACAGAACUUGCAUCUUUCAAACAGGAAAAGUAAUUCCAAUUCUCRUCAUCCUGGUGCACUGCUCCUUGCUGAUCCCAAAUUUAAGAAACGUCUACAAAGACUUAAAGUUGUCUUUCGAAAAGAGAUGCCGGUGCCUGUUAUUAUGAAAAUUAGGGGCAUAAAGAGAAAGAUCAACGAAAAGACAAAAGGAAAACUUAAACAUAAGAUGCUGAAUGUUUUGAUUAUGCCAACUCGCUCUAAAGAAAAGAAAAUACAAGGAAGAKUUUCACAAAAAAUGAGAAGUCCCAACAACAAGCAAAGAAGAGUUAAACAAAAUAUKAACAAAAAUGACARUACUAAUCGCUGGACAAACAAACCUGCUAAUGAGUCUUCAAAAACAAUUGGUAACAGAAAAGAGAGAUCUUCCAAGAGAAUUAAUGAAAAAUUAGUCAAAGGAAAACMCCCCUCAAAAUCUAUUUUGAAAUCUCCUCAAGACUAUAGGAAAACUCCUCAAAACCAUAAUAAAACUAAAGACGAAGCUAGCAAAAAURCGAACAAAGCAAAACAUCCGAUUCAAGGGAAAGACAGAGCUCCARUCAAAGGCGGUGUCUCUCCUUUAUCCUUAACUGGACUUCAAGGGGGCAAACAUGAAGGCCAAUCAAAAAUUCAAGCAAAAACGGCAAGUCCCAGUUCUUCUCAUUUAUCUUCAACCGGACCUCAAGGAGGCAUAAAUAAAGGCCAAUCAAACAUUCAAGCAAAACCAUCAAGUYCAAGUUCUUCUCCUUUAUCUUUACCCGGACCUCAAGGAGGCAUGAAUAAGGGUCAAGCAAAAAUUCAAGCAAAACCGCCAAGUCCAAGUUCUUGGAUGAAUUGGGGAAGGCUUCCUUGGUAUCAYCAGCGUCCCAAUACUUCAGUUGUGUCACCAGGAAAAACACCMUACAAACCCCCAACUUCCAAGCCUGCCAACGUAAUUCCUCAAGGAUCUAAACAACCAAUGAGAGUGGGAGGAAUGCCCCAAUAUAAGGCACCUAAUUAUUAUCCAGGAAUUUAUGGAAACACGUUAGGAAGUAAAACCCCACUUCCUUCAGCAAACAAACCGAAAGUACCUCAAACUCCAAAAGCGCAACCAAAGCCAUAUUCCCCUCAUCCRUCCCCUUACAUUGCAAAUAAUUACCAAGCGAUUAAGUACCCCCAGCAGGGCUAUAACUACAAUUACUAUAAGUAUAAUUAUAACAAUUAUAAACCACAAAACCKGUAUCCAUAUACAUUAUAUAAUUAUAAUCGGUAUGCAACUUAUAACCAUGCCAGUCAACCAAAACAGCCGAUGCCACCAAGAUAUCCGUAUACUGCAAAAAAWGCCGCUCCAAAAAAGACACAGCAAAAUUUUCAUAUGAGACCAACCACWAAAUAUAAUAUGGGCUACUACCCUUAUUUAUAUAAUUACGGGCAAAAUGUUUGGAGUGGUAAAKCAGCGCMACUUAGACUCAAUGAGAGACCAAGUGAGGAUUCCAAGCCAUCUCCUUCUAAAGAAAAGAGCCCAAUGAUCCAAGCAAAACCUAUAAAUCCAAUGACUUCAUCAAUGCCAGUGUAUCCUUAUAUGGCAAAUAAUCUACAAAAGGCUUAUCAAGGUGURGAUCAGGCUUACCAAGGUUGGGAGCAUCUGAAGGGUGAGACGUCAGUAGGUUCGUAUGAGCCGAGUACUACAGUCCAAGGACAAGUUGCUCAUACAGGUCUCUCGCCGCAGUUGACAUCCAACCCAUCACCAAAUUCACAACCUCAAAUUCAAUAUGCAUAUGGCGGACAAGCAUUAUCCAACCCAUCACCUAAUUCACAGCCUCAAAUUCAAUAUGCAUAUGGCGGACAAACAUUAUCCAACCCAUCACCAAAUGCACAGCCUCAAAUUCAAUAUGCAUAUGGAGGCCAAACACCAUCCAACCCAUCACCAAAUGCACAGCCUCUAAUUCAAUUUUCAUAUGGAGGACAAACACCCAUAAAUAAUAAGCCAUAUUCCUUUCAAACCACUGAUCCAUCAGGCCAGUAUGUUGUAUAUCAUACGUAUCAAAUGGCUCGAGAUUCAAAUGGAGUAGAGUGCACACCAGGAGAAGAUAUGUCUUUCCAGGACGAAUGCAAUCCUUCGGCUUCAACACAACAAAUAUCACAGCCAAGCGUAAUGCAAGUAGCCCCAAAUCCAAGUGUUGCGCAAAUGCCGUCACAACAAGAUGUCACGCAAGUUCCCAAACAACCUAGUGUCACACAAGAGACGUCCCAGCCGACAGAAAAACCAAAAACAGAAAACAACGCAGAAAACGCCAAGCCAGAUCUUAGUAAAGCAAACGAUCAGGCGGAGCCUCUGUAUUCGACGACGCCAAGCAGCAACUCUCAAAUGGGAUUUCAGAAUGCAGUUUAUUCCAGCCCUCUCACUCAAGGAAACAUGCAAAACACUCAGCCUACAGCACCACUAUACAAUCCCAUUCAGCCUCCAACGCGACCAAAAAGUCCAUUUGAUAUCAGGAAUUUGAUGCAGCUAAGCGAAGAGAACAUUGAAGAUGUCUUGAAAGCUUUAGAUCACGUGGAACAUUACUACGUAACACGCCAUGAACAGGUUCCGAGCAGGCUCACUGCAGCAAUCGAGGGCGCUUCCAAAGGGGUUCUAAGCCAGUACGGCACAACUGUUGAGCUACCAGAAAAGACUCAACAGAAAUUUACAGCUCCAACUAAAACAUCGACAUCAUACUUAAACAACAAUGAUGAAAUUUUCGACCCUAAUGGYAACACCGCGCAUGCUCAGAGUGAAACGCAGGACGAUUUGGUUUCAAAGUUUGAUAUAGGGCCUAACGCUUCUAAUGAGGAAAAUGCGAACAGAAAUUUACCUCCUCCUGUGAGUGAGGCAACCUCAAAGGAACAAUCAGGAAGUGUUUUUCAAGACGAAGAUCUUGGCGAGAAAAAUGAUGAGCACAUUUUCUUUAAAGAGCCUGGUGCCUCAAAACUGUUCAAGGGAGGCAGACUUCAGCUAUCCAAUAUAUUGGCUAAUAAGGAGCAGAAUUUGAAACUUGACAAGGACCAAAAGGUUCUGCAACAAUCAAAUAACACGCAAAAGGUUGAUAAGAAUCCAUAUAGCAUUAAAGGAAAUUAUCAGUGGUCGUAUCCUACGUAUUCCAUGGCUCCUCGGGAAGAAAAAGAAUACCUUCGAAAAGCUUAUAGUAACAGGAUCCCUCAAAAGACCCAAMAAACACCUUUUAAAUCGCAAAAGCACGCAACAGAAAAUUUCUUCCUUGAACCUAAACAAGCAARGACACCCUUGGGCUAUAAACGACCGAAACUUAUAAAAGUGAAAAUCAUUGAUGGUUUACCAGGUUCCUUACCUGUUGUUCCAAUGGAAAAGAAUAAGCAGGGUUACUCGAAAUCGCCUGGAGCGCCAGAAAAAGUACCAGAAAUGCAAUUAGAUGGUAAUAGUACGAGACUUCCGGCAAAUCCUUCUGAUGCCGAAAUUCCUACGGAAGAUAGUAUUGGAAGACCUGACGAUGAGAGUUCAAGGUAUGAUGCUGGAGCACAGGAUAAUGCGUCRGAAAUGCCAUUAUAUGGUGAUAAUAUGGGAACACCUGAUAGUCCAUAUGCUGUUGAUAAACCCAUGGAAGGUGACUCAAGAUAUGGCACUGGAUCACAGGAGGAAKAUUGGGACACUACCGUUGGAAGGCCACCUACAAAUCCCUAUAACGUCGAGCAACCAAUUGAUGAAGAUGAAACAAGUCCUGAGGAGGAUAAUUCUAAUUAUGUCACAGAUACAAACGAGAACGCGCCAGCUUYGGAAUCCUUAGGUAACUAUAUAAGCCCUCCUGAAACUCCUACAGAAAAUCCUGGGAAUGAGAACCCYUAUUACGUAGCUUCAAUAAAUGAGCACGUGCCGGAGUUAUCUUUGGAUAAUAAUUAUGUUAAGCCUUCAAAAACUCAUUAUACAGCUGAGAAGACAAUCGAGGAAGACAGCAGGAAGCUCGAAGAUGAAACUUCUCACUAYGAAACUGACYUGUCAUCUUUUGAAAAAACCAAAACGGGAAAACCGUUCCAUAAUCUAAAGAMUAUAUUAAAAAAGAAACUGGCGUUGCUAAAAGCCAAGAAGAAAGSUCAGGUUGCAAGUAAUAUAGARAAGUUUUUGAAAAAAGAGCCUAAAMAUCAUUACCAAGCUUUGGCAAAGCURCAAGAGUCGUUUGAUAAUCCAGAUAGGCAGAAUGGAGUUUCGUAUUUUGGUGCUGCUCCUCUGGCUAGGCUUCUAGAAGAAACUGACGAAGGACUGGAGAAGAAAAUUGUCAGCCUGACAGGUAAAACAAGAGAGCAUGUAUCAGUGCCAACUGUCUCGUCCGCCAUGAAGUAUGCUAUGGAUGCUCCAGAUAUUGCGGCAACUACUGYUAAGCCAGCAACCGCUGGUCCAACAUACAAACAUUACAAAGAGAGAACCGGUUUGUUUGGCUUUAUCGAUAAAGGUACCGAGAAGAAAUGUAGUUCUAUUGGAAAAACAGGUUUGUUUGGCUUUAUCGAUAAAGGUACCGAGAAGAAAUGUAGUUCUAUUGGAAAAACAGCCGGAAAUAUAAACCGCAGAGAAAGCAAGUGUAAAAGUGCGAGAAUACAUCAGGACAAGUAA